AAUGCCCCAGCCCUCCCGCUAGAGCAACGGUCGCAACCAAUUCUGCUGCUCCUGUCUUCCUCUUCCCCCCCGCAGCAGCAACGCCAAGAAACCAAGAAAUCGGAAUCGCUCGCAGCCGCCGGCCGGCCGUCCGCCCCCUCAGACCAUGACACCGCGCGGACGAGGACGGGCGGGCCGUCUCCCUGCCCCCGCGUCACCCGGGUUGCGCCUUGGCAUCGCCUCGUGCGCUACGUCACCGCUAGCGCACGAUUCGUCCCGCUGUCUCCCGGCCGCCGCCCCGCCGCGAGCGGCCACGGCCCCACGCACCAGGAGGACGCCUUCGGGGAGGGGGAGCGGGACGGGGACGACCAAGACGUCCUCCUCCUGCGCCUCGGGAGGUGGCCCCCCGGCCACACCAACGCUGGGGGCCGUCUGUACUACGACGACCGGAAUGAGUUCAAUGAAUGGUCCGUGCCAUAUGGAACAUGCAUUCUUCGGCACAACUCUCUGUCAGUGGCCAACCUUCGACGACCUGCUGACCCCUCUGGUCAUUGGGGAGCUCACGGCACGGGGACCUCUGUCCUCACUACUGAGCUUCCAGGUGACAUUGUGCAGACAAUUUUUGGCACUGGUGGUCCAUGUAGAGAACAGAUUGACAAGGAUGAUGAUAGGCAAUGCCUCCUGAGGGCUUGGAGGCGCUGGCUUGCCAAUAAGAACAAUGAUAUGACAACAUUCAGGUGCGAUUUUUCCAAGUUUUGGAAGCCCAUUGGGCCUGUGAUACGGCACAACUCCUGGGAAGCCUACAUGGGGUUUCCAAUGGUGCAGACCGUUGAAAACACAUGCACCCUUGUGGCGUGCUCGGUCUGUGUGGAGGCGAUGCACCGCGUCGAGUACGAGACCUGGCACGGUGCAGGAACCUUCCCCUGCAGGGCUGCAGCACCUCGUAAGCUGCGGAGGGCUUGCUACCGGGAUGGGAUUUGGGCGCCCAAGGAUGGAGCCAAUGUGGACUUGGUGCUCAAGAAACUGCGAGAGCUUGGUGGCGUCAGGACAACAAAUGCACCAGCCCCAGCACCGUUUGUGCUGCCCGUGCGUUCGUGGCAGGGGUACCAUGAACCCACGCUAGAGUGCGUGGAACGGCUACUGGACCAUGGGCCAUGCAUAGGCUCUGUUGGAAUUAUGGGCUUCCCCAUUUAUUCUAAUCAAUGCAAUAAAAGAAUUUAAACUCCACUAUUAAAUGCUAGGAAAUCAA